CGCAGCCCGCUUUAUAAAACCUUCCCGACCCCUGAAAUAAAAACAGUCUAGACGGACAGACAUUAACCGCCAGCGGGUCAGGAAUCCUCCGUGAGACUAUCUCCCCCUCCGUCCAACCUCCAGCUCCACACCGGGGCAGAAGCAGCGAGGAGCCCGGCUGUUGUUGACGCGUGUGUCGGGCAGAGACGCAGGGAGGACGCCCUGCUGGAGCCGCACCGAGACGCAUCUGCGCAGCUCUGACGACAACAACCACAACAACAACACCACCAACAAGUCAGGGGCUGAAAAGCAUCACAAUGCCGCUGUCCGUGAACGGCGUCCUUUGUACGGCGGCGCUGCUGGUGCUGUGGCGGGCGGAGCAGCUGGAGGCGUGCAGCUGCGCACCGGUGCACCCGCAGCAGGCGUUCUGCAACGCGGAUGUGGUGAUUCGCGCCAAAGUGGUGGGAGAAGGCGAGGUGGAUUCUGGGAACGAUAUUUAUGGGAACCCCAUCAAGAGGGUCCAAUAUGACAUCAAACAAAUCAAGAUGUUCAAGGGACCUAACCAGGACAUCGAGUCGGUCUUCACUGCUCCCGUGUCUGCUGUCUGUGGCGUUACCCUGGAUACCACCGGCAAGAAAGAGUACCUGAUCUCAGGCAAGGCCGACGCAGCCGGGAGCAUGCAUGUGACCCUGUGUGAUUACAUCCUGCCCUGGGACUCCUUGAGUGCCACCCAGAAGAAGAGCCUCAGCCAGCGCUACCAGAUGGGCUGUGACUGCAAGAUCGUGCGCUGUCCCUCUCUGCCCUGCGAGAUCUCAGCUCCUGAGGAGUGUCUGUGGACGGACCUGAUGAUCGAGAAGCAGGUGCACGGACGCCAGGCCAACCACUACGCCUGCGUCAAGAGGGCAGACGGCUCCUGCUCCUGGUACCGCGGCGUCGCACCUCCCAAGAAAGAAUUUUUGGACGCCGAGGACCCUUAGGCACAUGUGACUGCCCACUGCACAGAAAAAUGUUAAUGAGUUAAUGAAAUUUUGAGAAAAAGAAACACAUCAGGCAAAGCGUUUUUUUUUUGUUUGUUUUGUUUUUUUUAGAUAUUUAAAAAGAGGUAAACCUAAUGUGACUAAAAUUAGCUGCUUGUCUGAAAACAACCUUUCGCCUCCCCCCCGGGAGGCAGCGCUCGACCUCGACGUUUCUUAAGAUGGAAUGACUCAGAGGACACUCGGAGGUUGUUCUCAGACACAGCGUCUCUGUAAGAAAAAAGAAAAGAAAAAAAAAAAAGCAUCAUGAGACAUAGACUGGUCAAGUGAUGAUGUAAUUCCUCCUGAGGCUGGCGUCAGGGGGAUAUAAAUUUUCGGCGAGACGGAGCACUUCCUGCCCCACAAAGCUCUUUAGCAGCUCCGCUCCCUGUCAAUCCCCGAUCUUCAGAAGAUCAUUUGUAAUCCAUCAUGUUUCUACUUUUAUUACCUCAUUAUCCAUGUUUUUCCAAAGUCAAUUUCCAAGUUGCCUUUUUCGAAAAAAAAAGAUUUUUAUGAUUGUCUCUCACAACACAUAGUUACAUUUCCUUCAUUUCUGUGCUUUAGCCACCGGUGUCGUAGACGCCUACAACAUGCUUCCUUAUCAAAGGUUAUGAUAUUUUUGGUUUCAUUCACUGAAAAUCUUUUCUUGUAGCGAUCGUUGACAGAAGCCUGUGGCGGUCACGGGCCUCACUGGACCAGUCUAUGCUGCAUGAAUACGAGCGCUCGAAAUUAAAACCUGCUCAUGAGGUAAAAACGACUUCCUGUCACU